AUGUCCCUUCCGCAGAAAUCGACACAGUGGGUGGUUAAGCGAUUCGAUGGCCCAUUGGGGCUUGAGAUGCAGGUGGCGCCUAUCCCUCAACUUGGGCCCAACGACGUCAUGAUAAAGGUCCACGCUAUUUCCUUGAACUAUCACGACGUUGGCACCACCAGGGGCCAUUUCGAACAUGCCUUGAAAGAUGUCGUUCCCGUCUCGGAUGGAUCUGGGGUUAUUAUAGCCAUCGGGUCUAAUAUCCAGAACUUUCAGGUCGGUGACAGAGUCACGACAAUCAUGAACGGAGCACAUCAAUCUGGUCCGAUGAAGCCGCACUACAUCAACGCGCUAUUGGGAAACGCUUAUCAUGGCGUCCUCCAAGAGUAUGUCGUCAUUCCAGCACAAUACGCGAUUGCUCUUCCACGCAACCUCAGCUUUAUUGAGGGUAGCACGUUGCCAGUGGCAGGGCUGACUGCCUGGAACGCUCUGUUUGGUGCCCAAGGUCGCCCUCUACUCCCGGGACAGUGGGUUCUCACACAGGGAACUGGCGGCGUAAGCACCUUUGCUAUCCUUUUCGCCAAGGCAGCUGGCGCCAAAGUCAUUGCGACCACGUCCUCAGCCGAAAAAGCCAAGAAGCUUCAAGAAAUGGGGGCUGACCAUGUCAUUAACUAUCGCGAAGUUGAGAACUGGGGUGCCCAAGCGCAGGCUCUUACGCCAGGAGAGGAGGGAGUUGACGUCGUGGUCGAAAUCGGAGGCGGUGCGACUCUAAAACAGUCCCUGGUUGCGGUGAAGAUGGACGGACUUAUCUCUGUCGUUGGAGUACGGGCUGGUGCUCACCCUGAAGAGCAGCCAGUUCUUAUGGACAUGUUUUUCAGGUUCUGCACUACACGUAUCUCAUACGUGGGCCCUCGCGUGCAAUUUGAGGAGAUGAAUCGUGCAAUUGAAGCCAACAAUAUUAAGCCAGUGAUUGAUGGGCGGGUUUUCAGCCUCGAAGAGGCCAGGGAUGCUUUCGAAUACUUGGAGAGCAUGAAGCAUUUCGGCAAGGUCUGCAUCGAGGUGGUCAAAAGUGUCUAA